AGAAUUAGAGCAUUCUGUCUUUCCCAAUUAAAUUCUUAAUGGCCCAGCAGGCCCACAACCUUGACUAACUUAAUUUAGACAAAAGAAAACUUUGUUUUCAUAAUUUCCUUAAGUAAAAUGCACAUGAGAAAAAAUUAUAUUUUAAAAUUAUUUCUAAUUGUUUGGUAUUGUAUGUACAGACUGCUGGACCCAGAACACAUUAGCUAUAUAAUUAGACUUAAUAUGAAUCGUGAAUGUCUAUCCACUAAUGUGUUUAUGACACUUAAUAAGGAUUAGAAGCCAAUCGCUGGCUCAGCUUUGAGGCAUGAACAUGUACCUGUAUGCAGUAUAGCCUUGUUACAUUCUCUCUACAUGUUUGUCAUGCUAUAUACAUGUAAACCUUUCACAUUUAACACUUUCUUUGAAUGGAGCCACAUGGGUAAGUCAUUUUUGAUUUUUUUACUGUCAAAAUUAUCAAUAAAGAAAAGCUCAGAGCUGGAGAUAAGUCAUCGGACUUAAAAUGUAGGUCAGCUAACAUGGCUGCGGCACAGUGAUUAUUGUGUAUUAGCUUGACUGCUCUUGUGUUAAUUUAAUUAAUUUCUUGUCUUGUUAGUAUGUAGUAGGAAGAAUUUAACAGUUCUGUCAUUGACUGCAAGUGUGCAUGUUUUUUGUCUGUAUUCCCGUCUAUAGUAUUCCUCAGCUGAUUUCCCAAAGCACAGCACAUCCACAUAAUGGCCUGCUACAUUUUAAGCCAUUAGUGCAUAUAGAGGCAGUCAUUUGCUGUUAGUCUCUCUCUUUUCCUCUCCUGUCCUCCAUGACUCCGCAAGUUCCAGUGCCCAGACCAUCAUAUUCUCAGGCCAGGGAGAGCCUGGUGAAGGCUGUUCCUCCUAAAAUCAUCUGUCUUCUGGCCUGUGGGGGGAGAGACUGCCGCUAUGAGGGUCCAGCAUGCUGGAGCAAGAGCCAGCAGGCCAUUAAAGGAGUCUUUAGCAGCUGGGUGACCGAUGACAUUAUUGCAAUGGCACGACCUUCUACAAAUCUCAUCAAGAGAUACAGCAUCAUAGAGCAGUUCAAACAGUUGAACAUUAAAUCCAUCAUUAAUAUGCAGCUCCCAGGGGAACAUGCUCACUGCGGCCCUCCUCUGGAGCCUGACAGCGGGUUCACAUAUUCACCUCAGAUCUUUAUGGACAGCCAAAUCUUCUUCUAUAAUUUUGGGAUGUCUGAUUUUGGAGUGUCAUCUCUGGAGGGGAUGGUGGAUGCUGUGAAGGUUUUGGCCUUCUCUGUGCAGGAAGGGAAAGUGGCUGUUCACUGCCAUGCUGGAUUAGGCAGGACAGGUGUUCUUAUCGCAUGCUAUCUAGUCUACACCUGUCGGAUCAGCGCUAGUGAAGCUGUUCACUACGUUCGGAUCAAAAGGCCUCGUUCAAUCCAGACUCGCUCACAGAUCAAUCUGGUGUUUGAUUUCGCCCGGCUGGUGGGCUCUCAGCUGGCCCAAUUCCCAUGUCUGAACAUGCGCCACGGUUCCACCUUCAGUCUUCGGCAGUACCUCCUGCGUCAGGCCCUUCUGCUGCACGGGGAAGAGGCCCGAACACUUAAACACACACCCAAGAUCCUGCAUGUACUCUGCAGCAUGCUUAUCACUAUAACCCAGGGAGCUGCUAGUCCUCUAGAGGUCCAGAGAGAACUGGAGAAGAGGGGGAACAUUUUGGCUCUAAAGAAGGCAGUGAAGGAGACACUUUUGAAGAGGAACCUUCCUGCUUUGAAGGAAAGGCGAGGCUCGAGCAGAACGUUCUCCUGCGAGUCGUGGGAUGAGCCAUUUGGAUUCUUGGAGAGGAAAAGAGAUGUCCUACUAAACAAGCGAAGCUACAGCGAAUCAGAUCUCAGCAAGAUUACCAUCAUUGAGGAUUUCAUGUUCUCAUACUACUCUCCUCAAUCUGGUGGAUACCAUAAAAUUAACAAUGACGAAAUCAGUCCAUCAAAAGAUGAGAGAAAUCUAACAGAAUCCCAAAAGAUUCCUCAUACCUUGAUGACAGACCAGUGCAAUGGAACAACAGCGAAACACGGCCCCAUUCCGCCAUCGGCUCCUCACUCAUAUGAGACUGCGAACAAGAAGACCAAAUGUACAACCAAGAAACCUCAAGCUUACCUAAAGUACAGCUCAAACAUUGAGUUACGACGAGAGGAUCAUACAUCAGAUCAGUCGUCAUUACCAAGAGCCGUCGCUAAGGCAAUGGCACAACAGCGCCCACCAGUGGACACUGUAUUGAAAAGAGCAGCGGUUUUGCAGGAUAAGCUCAACUUGAGUGAAUAUGGCUGGGUUACAUUAGUCAUGGAAACAGAUCCAGACGUUCUGAGCACACUGUUAUGGACCUGGCUGGACAAACUAAAGGACCCUGUUCUCAAUAAAGAUGACAUAGAGAGGCUAACCUCAACCUGGCCUGCACAAAACCCCCUUAUCACACUUCACAAGUCUCAGCGGCACACCAUCUGCUGCUUGCUGGACUGUGUGGGUCAUGUGGUGGUUCGAUGUCCUCAGUUUGAACACGCUAUACUACAGAGACUCAUUCGAGCUUUAACAAGACGCCCUCCAGAGGAAAUAGAGAGAAACAGCAUCUUGUUGCGCGUCCUCAGAUCUACAAUGAGAGAGCUGUACCUACACAACAACCACCAUCCAAAUACUGCAACACCAUCAGAGUGCUAGGAACAGUGGUUAAACUAAUAAAGAUAUACAUAUAGAGAAACAUUGUUUCAUUAACUGUAUGACUGAUCAAGUUAUUUGAUAUGUAUUUCAAUGUGUACAGUCGCCCCCAAAACACUUAUUUCACAUAUAAAACUUACUGUUUUUUUUUUUUGCAAUAGGUAGCAAAAUAUCAAGCCAAGUUGCAUCUGCAGAAUUAACUUUUCUAGCCAUUAAAGAAAAAAAAAAACUUUUUAAAGAGUGUAUAUAUAUUGUAAUAUAAUUUAAAACGUAUUUUUGUGAACUGUUUAGCCUUAAAGUGUGCCCAUGUUUUCUUUAUUCAUUCAUUCAUUUCUUUAUUUGUAAGCUUGCACCUCAGUUGGUUUGAUAUUUUGUUAGCUAUCUAAUGUAAUGGUAUUCGCACACAUUUUUAAGUGUCCAAAUAAUUGUAUGGUCACUGCAGGCAAACUUUUUAUUAAUGUAUAGGCUGGUUGUAACUUUGAAGCUGAUGAUUGUGUUUUGUAAGUGUUGUAUAGUCUAGUGUAAUCUGGUCUAAAGACAGUGUGUGUAUUAAACUUUGAAAUAUC